AAUGAAAUGCUCAGCAUUUUCUCUUGGACCAGAAGUUUAAACUUUCUGAUGCUGGGAAACACGCCACAAAGUGAUAUUUGAGAAGCAAGUACGCGUCCGUUGGUGUUUUCUUUCUUAAUACAGAAACUGAAUUACUUUGAACACCUCUUCCAGCUGUGCAGAACAGAUAACACCAGGAAGAGUCUCUGCUUUCACAGAAUCAGAUCCAAACAAAUGACACCAUGAAGCUGUGGAGUCAUCUAUUGUGUGCAGCUCUCCUUGCCGGUAUAUCCUUGCAGUUCCAAUCUCCAGGACCCUCAGUCAGAGGUUCUUGUGAUUCUCUUUGCAAUUGUGAGGAAAAAGAUGGCACGAUGCUAAUAAACUGUGAAGACAAAGGAAUCAAGAAGUUAUCCCAAAUAAAUGUACCGCCAUCGAGACCUUUCCACCUAAGCUUGUUGAAUAAUGGCUUAACAAUGCUUCACGUCAAUGACUUUUCUGGGCUUACUCACGCCAUCUCAAUACACCUUGGAUUUAACAAUAUAGCAGACAUUGAGCCUGGUGCAUUUAAUGGCCUUGGCCUCCUUAAACAGCUUCAUAUCAACCACAAUUCUUUAGAAAUUCUUAAAGAGGAUACCUUUCAUGGACUGGAAAACUUGGAAUUCCUACAAGCAGAUAACAAUUUUAUUACAGUGAUUGAACCAAGUGCCUUUAGCAAGCUCAACAGACUUAAAGUGUUAAUUUUAAAUGACAAUGCUAUUGAGAGUCUUCCUCCAAAUAUAUUUCGAUUUGUUCCUUUAACCCAUCUAGAUCUUCGUGGAAAUCAGUUGCAAACAUUGCCUUAUGUUGGUUUUUUAGAACACAUUGGCCGAAUAUUGGAUCUCCAGUUGGAGGAUAAUAAAUGGGCCUGCAAUUGUGACCUACUGCAGCUAAAAAUUUGGUUGGAGAACAUGCCUCCUCAGUCUGUAAUUGGUGAUGUUGUGUGCAACAGCCCUCCAUUGCUCAAAGGGAGCAUACUAAGUCGACUGAAAAAGGAAUCUAUUUGCCCUACUCCACCAGUGUAUGAAGAACACGAGGAUCCUUCAGGGUCAUUGCAUGUGGCAGCAACAUCUUCAAUAAGUGAUAGUCGCAUAGCAACCAAGACCAUGUCGAUUUUAAAGCCACCCACAAAGGCACCCGUUUUGAUACCUUAUAUUACAAAGCCAUCCACUCAACUCCCAGCACCCUACUGUCCUAUUCCUUGUAGUUGUAAAGUCCUGUCUCCAUCAGGACUUCUGAUACACUGUCAGGAGCGAAAUAUUGAAAGUGUCUCAGAUCUAAAACCUCCUCCACAAAAUCCCCGAAAGCUUAUUCUAGCGGGGAAUAUUAUUCACACAUUAAUGAAAUCUGAUCUAGUGGAAUAUUUCACUUUGGAAAUGCUUCACUUGGGAAACAAUCGCAUUGAGGUUCUUGAAGAAGGAUCAUUCAUGAAUCUAACAAGCUUACAAAAACUCUAUCUAAAUGGCAACCAUCUGACAAAAUUAAAUAGAGGCAUGUUUCUUGGUCUCCAGAAUCUUGAGUAUUUAUAUCUUGAAUACAAUGCAGUUAAGGAAAUAUUACCAGGCACCUUUAACCCAAUGCCUAAACUUAAAGUCCUCUACUUAAAUAACAACCUGCUACAAGUUUUACCGCCACAUAUUUUUUCAGGUGUCCCCCUAACAAGAAUAAACCUUAAAACAAACCAGUUUUCUCAUCUACCUGUAAGUAAUAUCUUGGAUGACCUUGAUUUACUGACCCAGAUUGACCUUGAGGAUAACCCAUGGGACUGCUCCUGUGACCUGGUAGGACUGCAACAGUGGAUACAAAAAUUAAGCAAAAACACAGUGACAGAUGACAUCCUCUGCACUUCCCCAGGGCAUCUUAACAAAAAGGAACUGAAAGCCCUAAAUAGUGAACUUCUUUGCCCAGGAUUAGUAAAUAACCCAUCCCUGCCAACUCAGACCAGUUACAUUAUUGUCACUACUCCUGCAACAACGACAAACACAGCUGGUACUAUUUUAAGAUCUCUUACUGAUGCUGUCCCACUAUCUGUUCUAAUAUUAGGACUUCUGAUUGUGUUCAUAACUAUUGUGUUCUGUGCUGCAGGGAUAGUGGUCCUUGUUAUCCACCGCAGGAGAAGAUACAAAAAGAAACAGGCCGAUGAGCAAAUGAGAGACAACACUCCCCUGCAUCUUCAAUACAGCAUGUAUGGUCAUAAAACAACGCACCACACAACAGAGAGACCUUCUGCCUCUCUCUACGAACAGCACAUGGUGAGCCCCAUGGUUCACGUCUACAGAAGUCCAUCCUUUGGGCCAAAGCAUUUGGAAGAGGAAGAAGAAAGAAAUGAGAAAGAGGAAAGUGAGGCAAAACAUCUCCAAAGAAGUCUUUUAGAAAGAGAAAAUCAUUCACCACUCACGGGGUCAAAUCUGAAAUAUAAAACCACAGACCAAUCAACAGAAUUUUUAACCUUCCAGGAUGCCAGUUCAUUGUAUAGGAACAUUUUGGAGAAAGAAAGAGAACUUCAGCAACUGGGAAUCACCGAAUACCUGAGGAAAAACAUGGCUCAGCUCCAGCCUGAUAUGGAGGUACAUUAUCCUGGGGCCCAUGAAGAGCUGAAAUUAAUGGAAACAUUAAUGUACUCACGACCAAGAAAGGUAUUGGUGGAGCAGACUAAAAAUGAAUAUUUUGAGCUCAAAGCUAAUUUACAUGCCGAACCUGACUAUUUAGAAGUCCUGGAGCAGCAAACAUAGAUGAGAGUUUGAAGGUUUUUCAGAAAUGCUGUGAUUCUGUCUUAAGUCCAAACCUGGUAUAUAAGUGCCUUACACAACUGUGUCAUCAAUCAGAACUUAAGCACAGCAGUAAUCCUUUGAGGGGAAAAAGAGAAGGAAAAAAAAAAAAACAACAACUCAGGGAUCACUGGGAGAAGCCAUGGCAUUAUCUUCAGGCAAUUUUGUCUGUCCCAAAUAAAACAAAUCCUUGUCUGUAAAUCAUUCAAGGAUUAUAGUAAAAUUGCUCCAUAUACUUAAAAGUGUUUCAUAGAAGUCCUCUUGCACAUCAAAAAGGGUUGAAUAUUCAAGCAAUCAUUAUUUUAUUGAAUGAUUUUAACCAUGGAUUAAAUAAAAUUGGAUUUCACCAUUUAAGACAUAUACCUGUGUAUGUAGUUAUAAUAUGUAAGGAACAUAUUGUUUAUAACUAGUAUGUACUUUAAAAUGUAUAUUGUCAAACACAGAGAAUAUUUUGCAGUAAAUGCAAAAGGAACUGGAACUUGAAAGUUAUAAAUUAUAAUAGUAAGAAAAAAUUCUGCUUAUACAGGCCACAAGUGGCCCAAAACUUUGAAAAUAUGAAGAUACAAUGAAUGCCACUCCUGUGCUUUCUGGAUUAAAAAAAAAAGAUACAAAUUAUGAAUAGUUUGGGUGGAAUGAACAGGCAAAAUUUUCAUUUUUCUGCUCAUUUGUAUGGACAAUCUUAAUGUCAAUGCUGCUGUGAACUGAGGUAUGUCAUUUGUGCGCAAAGUUUAAUUAUUCUUGGGAUAUUUUUUAAAUGCUACUGAAAUUCUACUGUAAAUAUUAUUAGAGCAUCUAUUAAGCUUGCUUUUUUUCUAGCAUUAAUUCUUUGUAAAUUUAAAUGACCAUGAUAGAAAUAUGUUUCUUGUUCAAAUAAUCUUCAGGUGUAAAACAUAUAGAAAUAAUUGUUAUUUUAUUUUUAUUGAUGUAUGCUGAUAGAUGCCAUAAGUUAGUAUCAUAAGGCACUCCUAAAGGUAAGUGGUUUAAGUUGCUUCAAGAAAGGGAUAAUGUAGCUUUAUUUUACAAGAAGGUAUAGUUAGAUUUCUAUAAACUAUUUAUUCUGUACAGUUUUAUAUAUUUUUGGUUCACAAAAGUAAUUAUUCUUGGGUGCCUUUCAA